CUUUUUUUGCGCCAUAAUCGCAGGGCUUUCCCCGCCAUCGCGUCGCGCCAAGGAACUUGAACCACCCCAUCUUGCCCCUGACCUGAGAUUCUUUGGGUGCCGCGCCAUUUCCUUCGCCCGCUCAUGAGCCGCUCGGCUGGUCGUAACGAUUACUUUCUAUUCUUAUCCCACCUCAUAGCUUCCAAGACGUUCUGCUCUUGCUCGGGGGGUCGCCCUCUCUCCGAAACACGGCCUGCCCAACUGUCCCGCGGCACUUGUCUCGUCAUCGAAGGAGCCUGCCGCCUGGCAUACCUAGUCGCCCACCUGAGCUACGAACCCCCGGCAACCCAGUCACCCAUAUUGCGCUGUAGAGCGCCAGCCCCAGAUUUGUGGUGCAGGGUGACCAAACCACGGCUUCCCCGUUGAUCAGGGGUCACAAUUCUUCUGUCGUCGUCCCCUAAGGAGUCAAGGCUCCAGCACCAAGACGCCCAACAUGCCCCCUCCCAAGGCGGCGUGCAUUGUAGGUGCUGGUCCGGCAGGGCUCAUCGCCGCCAAGUACCUUCUUGAACAGCGAUUUCCUGCGCCGCCAGGCCAGCUUGGAGCCCCGAAGUUCAAGGUCACCAUCUACGAGAGCAAGGGCAGGAUUGGGGGUCUUUGGCCCGUCAGCAAAGAUGACACGGGUGGUGACAUUCACCCCCUGAUGCGAGUCAACCAAAGCAAGCACACAGUCCAGUUUAGCGAUCUCGCAUGGGGUCUCGAGAUACCCGAGUUCCCCUAUGCCUGGCAGGUUGGCCAGUAUCUCAAGAGAUAUUACGAGCGCUACUGUAGCGGUGCCGAACUCAAACUGAACCAAAGAGUCGAGGAGACUGCCCCCGUCAAGCCUGCUGGUCUUCCAGGCCAGUGGGCUGUCACUACUCGCACCGGCGAUAACAAGACAGAAAAUAAUGUGUUUGACUGCGUCAUUGUUGGCUCCGGCUACUUCGGGAAGCCACUCGUGCCCACCAUGUUCAAGUCAGCCGGAGUCCCCGUCAUCACGAGCACAGAGUACCGGGAUUUAAGCAGCCUGUUCGGGGCAGGGCUCGACAACACACUUCUCGACGCCAAGAUCAAGGCCGAGCCUGCACCAAACCCGAAGAUUCUCGUUGUCGGCGCCCAGAUGUCUGGCAUAGAAAUUGCUGCAUUGAUCGCCACCAACCUGUCCUCGGCAGUGUUCUCUCCCAAGGAACGCGCAAUCCCCAACGCAAGCAGAUGCAGUGUCAUCCACAUCGCCGAGCAACCUUCCUGGAUCUUCCCCCUAUUCACAACGCCUGCGCCCUCGGAGGCGAUUCCGCCCUUUCUUCCCUGCGACCUUCCAUCAUACAACCUCGCUAAUCGUCCCUUGCCCCUGCGCAACACCCAAGGCUCGCUGACUGUCGAGCGGGCUCAGGAGCUCAACCAGAUCUUUUGCACAUCUUUGGGAGGGGCCCAGGACGACUUUGGAAGCGUGCUGGGAAUGAGAAAGAAAAACUUGUUCGAUCAACCCCCUCUGCUGGCCAUGAGCGAGCACUACAGCGAGUUUGUGCGUCUUGGCCAAAUUCACCCCAUCCGCGCAAGAGUGACGAGCUACUCUGGCAAAGAGGGCACGAUUGCCGCUUCGGAAUACAACGAGGAAAGAUUAGGCGACGCUCUCAAGGAUGUUAUUGCGAUUGUUUUGGCCACGGGCUUCAGUGCCAGUGUGUCACUGUCGUUCCUUACGGAGGAACUAAAGGCCCGGCUAGGGUACCAGGAUCCGGCGGCCUUGUCCAAGAACCGUGGUCAUAUGCUUUCCCUGGGCUUCCACUCCACCCUCCACCCCGGAACCCCUGGUCUGGGGUUCGUGGGCUUCUAUCGCUCGCCCUACUGGGGUGUCAUGGAGAUGCAGGCUCGCUUUCUGGCCUCCAUGUUCUCCAGCUCGCUCUUCGGAGAGUCCCUUCCGGAUCAUCUCCAGUCUGCUCUUGCCGACGACACGUCGCUCGCCCACACGACCGCCUUGCGAAAGGACCCCCGCAUCACGCAGUUUCCCAUGGGCGAUUACGCCUGGCUGAUGGACCAGUUCGCCAAAGCCUUGAACAUCCAAAUCUCCCGGCCGACUGCUAACAGGCCAAUGCCGCCCACACCACCCACCAACUUGCCCAUAGACGUCCUCACCCCGGCCCGGUACAUCUCCCCAGACGCAACCGCGGAGCAGAUCGCCGAGGCGCAGGAGGCCCUCCGCCAGACCCAGGACACCAUCGUUGGCGGCCUGACGCAGCGCAGGUUCCUGGCCCAUGCCGUCUUCCGCUCCCUCCACGGUGAGUGGCAGGUCGAGAGAACGCACUCCAGCCCUAAGUACACGGACCAGAACGGUCACUUCCGGGGCAAGGCGGCCUUCCAUCUGAGAGACGGCACAGUUGAUGGGCGCUCCCUGGACAGGACGACGCCCCCAACGGAUAUAGACCUUGGCUUCGAGUACCUCCUCAUUGAGGAGGGCAGCUUCACGCUAGCGACCGGGUUCGAGUUUCAGACUACGCGACGGUAUAUCUGGCGGUACGACGAGGCCAGGGACAAAAUUAGUGUCUGGUUCGUGCUACCUGACGACAAUACGCGGGCCGAGAAGCUGUUCCAUCAACUCGACUUCCCUGUGCCGCCGGCGCUCGGCAACAGCGGCGAGCAGGAGCGGCAGACACACGGCGCCUCCGGCAAGGCGGCCGUGUGCGAGGCCAGCGGCGGCCACCUGUGCGAGCAGGACUACUACACUAGCCGCUACGGCUUCCGGUUCAAUGCGGUCAAGAUGGACGACUGGACCCUCGACGUCGAGGUCAAGGGGCCUCGCAAGGACUACACGACGGUGGGCGUGUACAAGCGCAUAUUGCCGGAGCGGACAGAGGCCAGGGCCGAGAAGAUCUAGUCUGUCUUCCACACCUGGACACUGAAGAAGCUGCGCCUAGAAACAACCGUCGGACCCUCGGUGCUAUGUCGACAAUUUCCGCUCGAUCCCACGUUGAUACUCGCGUUGAGAGUGGCCUGGGGACGCCUGGCAGUACUGGUCGACACCAGCUGUUGCAAGAAAGCAGAGCAUGCAGUAGACGGGAUACUUGAUACAUCUCUACUUCCUGGGCCGAAGGAAAGCAGUGGGGGUGGGAGACGUUCAGGCUUUAUAUACUAGGGCUAGGUAGCUACUCUACCGAGCACUGACUGGCCACGGAGAAGCCGGCCUAAGGUCUCUAAAUAGUACAGGGUCGCUGGGACCGGUUUGAUCUCGUAGAUCCUGGACCGGGAUCUACUGCUUUAUGACACCAUACUCUGCCUAUCUGCAUAGAUUAAUCAAUCAGGUGGUUUCUUAAAUCCGUUCAACUGUCUCUCCUUGACCGCAAUGUUCCUGCCCGUUUGGCCAUGCCCCUGAACCUGUGUUGUACACAAACAG